AUGGUUGAUGUGAAAUCACAUCUGAACCCGGAACCGGGAACACUACGCACAAUGACUCACUCCACUCAAAACGAACAACCUGGGGUGAUGCAAGCGCAUGAACUAGGCAAGUACUUGGUGAUUUUGAGCAUUAUAGCAGCUUCAAAUAUAGUGUUUUUCAUAGUGGGAGCCAUCACAUACAAGUGUAUAAAGUGUCGACAUCGUGUUCGCCGAAAAUCGUCUCCACCAACCGCGUCCCAAGGUGCAUACGUUCUAAGCAACGGACAGACCAACCCGGCGGUCACACAUCCGCUAACCCAAACACAAGUAGAUACGACUAAUGUGAUGUCCCUUUUAUCGGUACCAUCUGUCUCACAGCAGAUGACCAACCCAAUGAUUUCGAACUCUAACAUGAACCACCUCACGGAACAAUAUAACUAUCCCGUUCCAAACUGGCAACAACCGACAAUCAGUACGACAUGGUCAGGACCGGAUAUCUUGGGACCAUGUGUUCCUGGUCAUUCAAUCUAUUCAAACAAGCCCACUCUGUCGAGUCACAUUGGUCAAGAUCUGACGCAUAUUCUGUCCCCGCAUCGAACUAAACGACUACACAUGUUUGGUGAACCCUCAUCACCAAUUAGCAGUGACAUGGGUUACUCCGCUUCCACAUCAUCACGCACUGCGGAUAGAUCAGAUCCGUCAGCUGACCGAGGCAACACUAUGUACAGACCCGGUAGACCGGAAUCCUCUUCAAAACCCUAUAAUCAUUACACACUAACAUUGAAACAAGGUAAUUGCAAUAAAGCUGAACUGGUGUAUGAACCCACAAUAGCUGAGGCUGAGAAACCGCCUAACACGCUGAGAAUCAAUGCACCGUGUAUGCGGGAAACUUCAUUAGCACCGCAAACCCAAUGGUCACAACGAAUAAAGGAGUCACUGGAGAAAGGUCUUGUUCUUGACAAUACGGAUCUUGAUUUGAAACCGAGCCCCAAUUCCAUAUUAAAGAUAUCGACCGAGGAAUUGGACCCAACAUGCCCUAUUCACGGGACCGAACCCCAACACACGUGUGCUGUUCAUUCGAAUCCCGGAGAACAUUUGUGUCCGGUACACGACUCAAUGAUUCUGGACACUUCGGAUAUUGAACGAAAAGUGAAGGAAUUGUGCGCGUUGAACGAGAAAUAUCGACACUAUAGUACGUGGAUUUCCGAUCGCAAACCCGCAUUCGGACACAGUCGAUAUAGUAAUCCAAACUUGAACGCGAUCAAUUUAGAUUAUAUGUCUGCAUCUGAUUUGCAUGUAUCUAAAGCAGGGAAGUCGGCUUUGAGAAAUAACACAUUACCCAGGUAA